AUGGGAAGACCUUUAAUUCUCAUUUCUCUGUUACUUCUUGGAGCUUCUGCUUUUUUCAUUAAAAGUUCGAAGCUUCCUGAAGGCCAAAUUCAGUUCGCAGAUGUCAAGCCUUUAGAUGCCAUGCCAGCUAAUCUGUUCUGGGGCAAUUACUCGGGCAUUAACUACUUGACCGUGUCUCGAAACCAGCAUAUUCCAUUAUACUGUGGGUCAUGCUGGGCAUUUGCAGCUACCUCAGCCCUUUCUGACAGAUUCAAAAUUCUUAGAAAUACCUCCUGGCCAGAUAUUAAUUUGGCUCCACAAGUAUUCUUAAACUGCGAUCUAAAUGACCAAGCAUGUGAUGGAGGAGAUCCAAUCAACGUUUAUGCCUACAUCUACGCUAACGGCACCACAGAUGAAACUUGCCAAGUUUACAAAGCAAGAGGCUGGACCAACGGUGAAACCUGCGGCCAUUUCCAGCCAUGCUACACUUGCCAACCAAAUGGAAGAUGUGGAGUCCCUGCAACUUACCUUAAAUAUAACGUUACUUCAUACGGCCAAGUCACAGGAAACAACCUUACUCAAAAUGUCCAGCUUAUGAUGAGUGCUUUACAACAAGGCCCAAUUGCAUGUGGAAUAGACGCUACUGAUGGGUUCCACAGCUAUACGGGAGGAAUCUAUACAGAACCAACAGAUAACUGGGAUAUUAACCAUAUCAUAGAACUUGUAGGAUAUGGAGUAAAUCAGCAAGGCACUAAAUAUUGGAUUGGGAGAAAUUCAUGGGGAACUUAUUGGGGUGAAGGUGGAUUUUUCCAGAUUAUUAUGGGACAGAAUAUGCUGGAUAUUGAAACUUAUUGUGUUUAUGCUAAUCCAGAUCCAAACAUUCAAGUAUUUAAUAGCAGCAGUGGAGCUUUGGCAGAAGAAAAAGAAGAAGUCAAGGCUUAUGUUGAAAUGAAAGUAGAAGCUGCUAUAGAGAAACGAAGAAAUCCUGGAAGAGUUAGGAGAAUAAGCAGAGAGCAAGUGAUUACUAGCCCACCAUCAUGGGAAACUGUUGAUGCAGCUACCCUUCCUAAAGCUUGGGAUUGGAGAAACGUCAGCGGAGUAAAUUAUUUGUCCUGGAAUAGAAAUCAGCAUAUUCCUCAGUACUGUGGGUCUUGCUGGGCUCACGGGCCUACAUCUGCACUAGCUGACAGAAUUGCAAUUUUAAGAAACAACACUUUCCCACAGAUCAGCUUGUCUCCUCAAGUUCUAAUUAACUGCAAUGCAGGUGGAAAUUGCAAUGGAGGUGAUCCAAUUGGAGUCUACAAGUAUGGACAUACUCAUGGAAUUCCAGAUGAUACCAAUCAACAAUAUGUAGCAGAAAACCCUGCCAAGUUUAGCUGCUCUGGAACUCAAAUUAGUAUAAUUAAAAUAUGGCGUCUUAGCCUGGCCAUAGCCUUCCGGCUAUGGAGCUUCGAGCACAUAUUUUAAUUAUAUCCGGCAAGGUUUUGCUAUCCAGAAAUGGACAGCAAUACUAGGUAAACAAUUUUUGAUGCUUCAGAGCCUAGACCAAGACCGCUUUCCAGAAUAGAUUUUUGCCUCAAGGUAAAGGGAUACUUGGAAGCUGGAAAAGGGUGGCCCAGCAAAGUCCUUAGGACCAAUCGGGCACUUCACUAGCGUGAACACCAGGAGUUACGCCUUGGGCUACAUGUUUACCCUUUUUGCCGAUAGUCGACCAAAAAUUCCAUUUUUUGGCGAACAUCUCUUGUCUCUUAACAGCCUCAAGCAAGGGUGCACAAAUCCGAAGACUGCCCACUCAAUACUGGAGCCGCAAGGCAAGAAGGAGACCCUACUGGUUCUAGUGAUAGGCGCUGUCGCAAAGCGGUAGAGUCUCCUAGGAGACUCUCGGCGAUUGCGUUAAAUUAUGUCGUCUGCCUGUCUGUUAAUUAAGAUUAAGGAACUCAAAUUAGUGAAACGUGCGUUCCUCCACCUCCACCUACAGGAUUUGAUAACAGCACUUGCUCAGCUAUAACAAACGAAAAGCUUUGGUACGUCGGAGACUAUGGUAACGUCGCUGGACCUAAUAAAAUGAAAGCUGAAAUUUAUAAGAACGGACCUAUUGGAUGCGGAAUUGAUGCUACGUCUAAAUUUGAAGCUUACACUGGUGGAAUUUACUCUCAGUGGUUACUUUUACCUCAAAUUAAUCAUGAAAUUUCUGUAGUCGGAUGGGGAGUUGCUAUAGAUGGCACUGAAUACUGGAUUGGAAGAAACUCUUGGGGAACUGCUUGGGGUGAGAACGGAUUCUUCAAAAUGAAGAUGUACAGCGACAACCUCGGCAUUGAAACUGACUGCGAUUGGGGUAUCCCAGACUUAACCAGAUAA